GGAAGGCUGCGCGCGCGUGAGUGAGUGGCCGCGGCGCUCUGUCUCCAGCGGGACCUGGGGCCGGCGGCGGCGGCAGCAGCAGCAUCAUGGGCAGCAGCUGACAGGCAGCAGCGCCGCGCAGCCCGCCCUGCAGCCGCACCCGCCGGGAGAGCGGAGCGGAAAAGUUCCUGCCGCCGCUGCCGAGGGGGAACUUUGCACGGGGCGCUGAGCCAUGCCCGCCGUGAGCCUGUUGCCGCUGUUCGGCAGCCCCGCGGGGCCCGGCGCGCUGGGCGGCCCGCUGGGCGGCGGCCCGGGCGGCGGCAGGAAGGCGUCGGGCCCCAGCGCGUUCCGGUUGACGGAGAAGUUCGUGCUGCUGCUGGUGUUCAGCGCCUUCAUCACCCUCUGCUUUGGGGCCAUCUUCUUCCUGCCCGACUCCUCCAAGCUGCUCAGCGGCGUCUUCUUCCACUCCUCCGCCGCCCUACAGCAGCAGCCCCCGCCGCCCGGGGGGGAGCAGCGCGCCCCGCCGCCCGGAGCCGGCCCCGCCGCCGGGAGCAGCAGCAGCAGCGCCGGGGAGGCGGCCGCGGCCGCGGAGAACUUGGCCAAGAUCCGCGAGGACCACGAGCGGGCUCUGCGCGAGGCCAAGGAGACGCUGCAGAAGCUGCCCGAGGAGAUCCGCCGGGACAUCCGGCAGGACAAGGAGAAACUUCUCCAGGACAGGCGCGGCAGGAAGGAGGCGGGGGCCGCUGGGCUACCCAGUCUGCUCUUCCGCAAGCCCGUCGGGGCCGUGGGGCGGGAGCCGGCGGACCCUGAUGUCCAGCAGAAACGGGCCAAGAUUAAAGAGAUGAUGAAACAUUCCUGGGAUAAUUAUAAGCGUUAUGCUUGGGGAUUAAAUGAACUGAAACCCAUAUCUAAACAAGGACAUUCAAGCAAUUUAUUUGGUAACAUUCAAGGAGCAACAAUAGUAGAUGCCUUGGAUACACUGUAUAUCAUGGAAAUGAAAGAUGAAUUCAAGGAAGCCAAGGAAUGGGUAGAAAAGAACUUAGAUUUCAAUGUGAAUGCAGAAAUUUCAGUUUUUGAAGUAAACAUCCGUUUUGUUGGUGGACUGCUUUCAGCAUAUUAUCUUUCUGGAGAAGAGAUAUUUCGAAAGAAAGCAGUGGAACUUGGAGAAAAGUUGCUCCCAGCGUUUAACACUCCCACUGGAAUACCUUGGGCAUUGCUUAAUAUUAAGAGUGGGAUUGGUCGAAACUGGCCCUGGGCUUCUGGAGGAAGCAGUAUUCUGGCAGAAUUUGGAACUCUGCAUUUGGAGUUCAUACAUUUGAGCCAUUUGUCUGGAAACCCAGUGUUUGCUGAAAAGGUAACGAACAUUCGUAAAGUUCUGAACCGGCUUGAUAAACCAGAAGGUCUUUACCCUAAUUACCUGAAUCCCAGUAGCGGUCAAUGGGGUCAACAUCACGUCUCUGUUGGAGGACUUGGAGAUAGCUUUUAUGAGUAUUUGCUCAAGGCAUGGUUGAUGUCAGACAAGACAGAUGAAGAAGGCAAGAAAAUGUAUUAUGAUGCUGUUCAGUCCAUAGAAACCCAUCUGAUCCGGAAAUCUAGUGGUGGUCUGACGUACAUUGCUGAGUGGAAAGGUGGCCUGCUCGAACAUAAAAUGGGACAUCUGACCUGUUUUGCUGGAGGCAUGUUUGCACUGGGUGGAGAUGGUGCACCUAAUGAUAAAACUGGGCGUCAUAUUGAACUUGGUGCUGAAAUUGCUCGCACGUGUCAUGAAUCUUAUGAUCGUACAAAUAUGAAACUGGGACCAGAAGCUUUCAGAUUCGAUGGAGGUGUAGAGGCCAUUGCUACAAGGCAAAAUGAGAAAUAUUACAUCUUGCGACCUGAAGUUAUAGAGACCUACAUGUAUAUGUGGAGGUUCACUCACGAUCCAAAAUACAGACAGUGGGGAUGGGAAGCAGUAGAGGCACUGGAACAACAUUGCAGAGUAGAUGGUGGCUAUUCUGGAAUUAGAGAUGUUUAUAGCAACCAUCAAAGCCAUGAUGAUGUGCAGCAGAGUUUCUUCCUUUCAGAGACCCUCAAGUACUUAUACUUACUCUUUUCUGAAGAUGAUCUUCUUCCAUUUGAACAUUGGAUCUUCAACACUGAGGCUCACCCUCUACCAGUUCUUCACAGAGAUGAUGGGAAGAAGGAAGAAAAACACAAAUAAACCAAUGUUAAGUUAAUUUUCAUUCCUUAGA